CUUGUUCGCCGAGUUUCGUCGCUGGGCAACACCUGGAAGGGCGUGGCAUGGGCGGUAACGCAGUCAAUGGUACGGUGGCCUGGAAUAGGAGCAUUUUAUUGGGGUGAGCGGGUAACUGGAGUCCUGUGAGAGGCGUCACUUUGUUUUCUAACAUAGCUGGGAAGAAUCGUGGUAUGGAGAAUGGUAUUAAGGAAAGCCAAGCGAGUCUGAAUAGAAAUGGAGCACAUACUGUCCUUUCCACUGCUGCGGUGUCAUCAGAGGGAAACAAAAAUGGCAAGGGAAUCGUCAACUCCUUAAUGUCUGGCGCUUUGGCUGGCGCUGUGGCGAAGACAGCAGUUGCUCCACUGGACAGAACCAAAAUCAUAUUCCAAGUAUCUUCAAACAGAUUUUCAGCAAAGGAAGCUUACAAAUUAAUCUACCGCACCUACCUCAAUGAGGGGUUCCUGAGCCUAUGGAGGGGCAAUUCUGCAACCAUGGUUCGGGUUAUCCCAUAUGCAGCCAUACAGUUUUGUGCACACGAAGAGUACAAAAAAUUGCUUGGACACUACUAUGGCUUUCAAGGAGCUACUUUGACCCCAAUCCCUCGCCUCCUUGCAGGAUCUCUUGCAGGUACGACAGCUUCCAUGUUAACCUACCCGCUGGAUCUUGUUCGUGCACGCAUGGCUGUGACACCAAAGGAAAUGUACAGUAGCAUCAUCCAAGUUUUUAUCCGUAUGUCAAAAGAAGAGGGCUUGAAGACCCUGUACCGAGGGUUUGCUCCCACAAUUCUAGGAGUAAUUCCUUAUGCAGGAAUCAGCUUCUUUACCUAUGAGACACUAAAGAAACUGCAUGCAGAGCACAGUGGCAGAACCCAUCCUUACCCUUUUGAACGUCUGCUGUUUGGAGCCUGUGCUGGACUCUUAGGCCAAUCUGCUUCUUAUCCUCUGGAUGUGGUAAGACGGCGCAUGCAGACUGCUGGCGUUACUGGACAUACUUAUGGCUCCAUCCUUGGUACCAUGAGAGAAGUGGUGGCUGAAGAAGGCCUCAUCCGUGGUCUAUAUAAAGGGCUCAGCAUGAACUGGGUAAAGGGUCCAGUUGCAGUCGGCAUCAGCUUUACCACCUUUGACCUAACACAGAUUCUUCUGAAAAAGCUCCAACAAAUGUCUAGUGUUCAGAGGUAGAUUGGAGUGGGGUCCUUUAACUCUCUUGCUGUUGCAACAAAUGUUAUUUUCUUACAGUUAAGGAGUUAGUGAUAAAUUCCUUCUUCCCAAGGAAAAAGAUUGUUCUGUAAAGAAAUGUAUUGGUGCUAGUAUAGUUAGCCAAUAUGUUAUGGCUACAGAAAAGGAAAUCUUUAACCACAGUUGCCAAAAUAGAUGGUAACAUUGUCAGUGGUUGAAAUGGGGGUUAAAAAUUAAGCCACUCGCCAGAGCACAAAUACGCACAGUGAUGAGCAUUUCCCCAUCCCCACCAUGAACAAAGCUGCUAUUGCCAUCUAAUUUUUGUGCCAGAGUUAUAUGCUUUAGCUAUGUCUGUAAAUCUCCUCUAUGGAAUUUCGGUCACUUGGCCACAAAGCUACGGAAGUAUUAAACAUGCUUACAGGACAAAUCCUGUGAAAUAUGUAGAGUUCAGAAGCAUCUCAAAAUGUCAAAAACAAGCUGCAUUUGUCUAUUGACACAUGCUCGAAGCCUGUCGAUGUAUGCACUAAUACUACUUGGCUCUCCAUUUAUAAAUCCAUGCUUGGAGAUCCUGCACCAUUUUUUGCCUCUAGUCCUGUGCAUAUAGUUUCCCUUAAGCCUCUUAUAACUCGAUCAGAUUUUCCGAUGGGAAUUGGGCGAUGACGGGCUGUUGUCGGAAAAUCUGACUGUUUGUACACUCCAUCGGA